UCAUACUUAAUUAUUAUUACUAUUUCUUACUAUAUGCUUCGAAAACAUCUUGAGGGAAGUAUUCAAAAUUUUAAAUGCAUGAGUAGGGAGUAAAGAUGAACAUGUGGCUCUGUAACUCCAGUUCUGCUUUCUGAACUUCCUCAAGUUCCCUUAAACUGUGUCCACUUUCUGGGUUGGUGUUUUGCAUUCCAUGUUGUUUCUGCUGUGUCUCAUUCCUCAUUUUCCCUUAAUGUGGCUGAUCAGUGACCAGGCAUUUUCAGAAUUAAAUAAAGGGGGACUCCUCUCAGCUGCCCUUCUGUGUUCCGGUGGCAGGCACUCUGUCCUGGUAGUCAUUGUACUCACAGAAGUUUUCUUCUCAAGCUCUCCUGAGAGGGACAAAGCACGGACACUUUCAUUGUGCCUGGCGUGUAGAGGCAAUGAAAGACUAAACAUACUUUCAGUUGAAUCCUUUAAGUGUGACUUUCUUGGAGAACUAAUAAACGAUCAACUUCCCAGUUUUUUUGUCUAUAAUGAAAAAUGAGUUAUAAUAAAUUUUCAAUUUCCGGUGUAUUUUUUUCCCCGCUGUAGUAGUGAGUACAGUGGCAGCAGCUGCUGUUCCGUGUUAGCACAGUUGGAAGUUUAACAACAGGUGUUUCUGUUACGUAGUAGUGCCACACGCCACCCAUUUAAACAACAGUGAUGUUGCCCCUGCCAGGCUCACCCCCUCCCAGCAUGCCUGCACACCUGUGCACAUUUGGAAGCAUUGAUGGCUCUGCAUAGGAUGGAAAUGUCAUCCCGGUAGUGUCAUCCCGGUAGUGCGUGUAGCUUGGUCUGAGAAUCAGAGCCUGGAGUACUUCUGUUAUACACUAUAGCAUUUUGCUUCUUAGGAAAGUGCUUUUUGAUGUUCUUCUGGGAGGCCUUUGUUUCAUUUUCUAGCUUUUCCAAGCUAAGUGAGACUUGAAAAUGUUUCCGGUCAGGAAAACCAGUGAGGGAUUUCUUUUUUUAAACUUUAUAAUUUCUUUAGGUAUCUUCUUAGGUUGAUUACAUUUAGUUAAAAUUAUUUUUAAGAUGCAAAAACUAAAAUAACAACACAGUAGACUUUCCGAUACUCCUUAGGUUGAAAAGAGAAAUUUAGCCAAAUUUAAAGGUAGGUAUCUUUUUAAAAAAAAUUCUCUCCGCAGUUCAGGGCUUUCCCACAUGACCAUCCUAACUGCUGCACAUAAGCACAUGGGUUUGUGCUACACAUAUGUCCGUAUCUUCAGUGAGGACAGUAUGUGUAGGGCUCUACAAUCUCUCUGCCAGCACGUUCAUUCACGUCAACACAUCUAAGUCUUGUGCAUUCCCCUUUCCAGUUCACCUGUUCUCCACACAGGUCAGGUGUUCACAGCACACCUCACGGACUGCCCAGCUCCCAUCUGGAAAUAGUGUCAGCUGUAGGCUAUUAGUGGCCAGCGCAAACUCAGGAUCAUGAUCGUUGUGGAGGGUUGUUUUACAGCAUCUUCAAGUGAGAUGCUAUAAGCAAGAUGGACAGCACAGAGCUCAGGUGAAACUUAAACACACUAAACACCUGCCAUUAGCAAGAUACGUAGUUCUGUAGUUAUUUCACUAUUAAAUGUAUAUGUGCUAAGGGCUGGUGGGUCCCAGUGGUAUCACACUGAUGAUAUCCUAGGUGUUCGUGGGACUUUCUCCACAUUGGACCCUCGGACGGAUGCUUGUUAGUUUUGUCAGCUUGACACAGGCUAGAGUCACUUGGGAAGUAGGAACCUCACCUGAGGCAGUGCCUCCAUCAGCUUGGCCUGUAGACAUGCCUGUGUGGUAACUUUCUGAUUGUUGAUCAAUGUGGGAGGGCCUAGCUCCCCAUGGGCGGUGCCACCCAUGGGUAGGUGAAUUGGAAGGUAUGAGAAAGGUAGCUGAGCAAACCGUGGAGAGCUAGCCAGUAAGCAGCAAAGGUCCAUGGUUCCUGCCUUUGUUCCUUCCUGAGUUCUUGACCUGACUUAGUCAUUGACUGUGAUCAGAGCAUGUAAGCUAAACAAAUCUUUUCCUUCCCCAGGUUGCUUUUUGUCAAGGUGUUUAUCAUGGCAACAGAAAGCAAAGUAGAACAAGAGACAUCAGCGAUGGUUAUAGGAAGAGGGCCUGUGCGUUCUGUCAUGGAUUCUUUGAAGUCAGGAAGACAGGAAAGGGCAGCUAGCUACCCUGGGGUACAAUAGGGAGAGUCAGGACAUAAGGGAUAAAGACUCCUUUUCCAACUGGCUUUCAAUUGCUCCUUAUGCUUUCCUCCUGGACCAGCCAGGAACUAGGACUAGAUAGAUAUGUGUGCCUUGCUGAUCACUGCCUCCUAGUUAACACAUGAUAGAUUUCAGUUAGUCUCUCUUAGGUAAGAUAUUGGUAUCUCCAUAGGCUCUGAAGCCAAGGAGCUAAAUGGAAGGGAGGGAGUCAGCACUCCCAUUCAGAACUCAUGUGCUUGCCACUCCACCAAACUGACCAACGAAAUGAGAAAAAUACCCUGAAAUGAACACAUUUUUAAUUCAGUUGACCAGAAAAAUUGGAAGCAGGAUGUACAUGCCCUGUGUAACUGUAAAAUCUAUACUCUCAAAACAUUUGUCUGUAUUUAAAGGUGUCACCUACUUAGACAAGGAAUCACCUUGGCCAUAUCUCAUAGCUCUUUUCUUGACAAGAGGGCUGGGAAACGAAAGGAAGAAGUUGUGAGAAGAAUGGGGAUUCCUCUCGAAACAUUAUUAUGUGGCUGGACCAUCGAGCAGUCAGCCAGGUUCAGAGGAUCAAUGAGACCAAGCAUGAUGUCCUCCAGUAUGUGGGUGGUGUGAUGUCUGUGGAGAUGCAGGCCCCAAAGCUCCUGUGGCUGAAGGAGAACUUGAGAGAGACUUGCUGGGAUAAGGCGGGACAUUUCUUUGAUCUCCCAGACUUCUUAUCAUGGAAAGCAACAGGUGUCACGGCACGGUCUCUCUGUUCCUUGGUGUGCAAAUGGACGUACUCAGCAGAGAAAGGUUGGGAUGACAGCUUCUGGAAGAUGAUUGGCUUGGAAGAUCUCAUUGGGGAUAAUUACAGCAAAAUAGGGAAUCUCGUGCUGCCUCCUGGAGCUUCUCUUGGAAGUGGGCUCACACCAGAGGCGGCCAAAGAGCUGGGUCUUCCCUCGGGGAUUGCUGUGGCGGCCUCACUCAUUGAUGCCCAUGCAGGAGGACUAGGAGUGAUUGGAGCAGAUGUGAGAGGUCACGGCCUUGCCUGUGAGGGACAGCCAGUGACGUCACGGUUGGCUGUCAUCUGCGGAACAUCAUCUUGUCACAUGGGGAUCAGCAAAGAUCCAAUUUUUGUACCAGGCGUCUGGGGACCUUAUUUCUCAGCCAUGAUCCCUGGCUUUUGGUUGAAUGAAGGUGGUCAGAGUGUGACCGGGAAAUUGCCUAUCAGUAAGUCAUUAGGGUUCUACCUCCCAAGUCUAUCUCCAGUCAUCGGUUUUUGGCUUACCUAUUCUCAGAACUGUCACCAAGACCCUUUGCCUCUGCUCUGCUCGAUGGAACAUGCAUGUGCAUGCAUUUUACACAGCACAGAGAUAGACCAUGUGGUGCAGGGCCAUCCUGCCUUUCCUGAACUACAAGCUAAAGCCACAGCCAGAUGCCAGAGUAUAUAUGCGUAUUUGAACAGUCACCUGGAUCUGAUUAAGAAGGCUCAGCCCGUGGGUUUCCUCACUGUUGAUUUACAUGUUUGGCCAGAUUUCCAUGGCAACCGGUCUCCCUUAGCAGAUCUGACUCUGAAGGGCAUGGUCACUGGAUUGACACUGUCUCAGGACCUUGAUGAUCUUGCCAUCCUCUACCUGGCCACUGUUCAAGCCAUUGCUUUUGGGACUCGCUUCAUCAUGGAAGCCAUGGAGGCAGCAGGGCACUCCCUGAGUUCCCUGUUUUUGUGUGGAGGCCUAAGCAAGAACCCCCUUUUUGUGCAGAUGCAUGCUGAUGUUACUGGCAUUCCUGUGGUCCUGUCACAAGAGGUGGAGUCUGUCCUUGUGGGUGCUGCUAUUCUAGGUGCCUGUGCCUCUGGGGACUUCACUUCUGUGCAGGACGCAAUGGCAAGAAUGAGCAAAGUGGGGAAAGUUGUGCUCCCGAGACAUGAGGACAAAAAAUAUUAUGACAAGAAAUAUCAAGUGUUUCUGAGGAUGGUUGAGCACCAGAAGGAAUAUUCAGCAAUCAUGAAUGGAACCUGAACAGCGUUUGUGGGUGCCAGUCCAUAAGGACUCCAUGUCGUUCAUUAGGGGUCUUUGUGUUCAUCCUAUGCUCAAUGACCUUUAGGUACAUUUUAGCAUUCCUUUCUUAUCUUGUAAUAAAAACUUCCACAUGCGCAAGCAUAA